GUUGAGUUGAUCAUAUUUUGCUUCUUUACGUCGGUGCAGAACGCAAAUCAUUCGUUAACGUGGAGUUACGGUUUAUUGGAGAACAAGCACCAUGACAUACCGUUUUAUGUACGACAAACUGUGUGCAUUAGCUAAACAGUGAAAUGUGCUUAACGAACAUGCGAGCAGCGCUAACGGUAUUUGGGGUUUUCUGAUGUUAAAUAACCACAGCUGGCUGAGCCGGUCAGUGUAAACGGCAGCGCUACCAAGCUAACCAUGGUCAGCGGUUUAUCGCUUACAUCCGUGCUGAGCAUUUGGGACGUACCUGAAAGUAGUCAUCGCGGAGACAGGAGCAGUAACGGGUUUGAACAAUGGCUCUUUUUGUAUUUACACCAGUCACCCAUUGUAAAGGACUAGCUGGUUAUUUUUCAUAUGACGACAUUUGCGCCGCUAAGCUGGCCCUCGGAACACGGAUGUCGUGACCACAGCCACUGUUACUGAGGUGUGACAGUCACAACAGCCAAUACUCCACGAUAAAUCAUGAACAACUGCGAAUACCAGCAAAUCGUCCCACAGGCUCUCCCGACAGGCACGGUCACAACGUCCCCUCAACCUCAACAUGGUCAUGGCACUGCCAAGACCGAGAAAUCAAAGAAACCCAGGAGGAAGUGGGAAGUUUUCCCCGGUAAGAAUCGCUUCUUCUGCGGGGGACGGAUCAUGGUGGCCCGGCAGAGCGGGGUCCUGCCCCUCACCCUGGGCCUUAUUGUCGUCACAACUGGAUUAUUCUUUACAUUUGACUGUCCCUUCCUGGUUAAACACCUGACCAGCUGCAUACCUGUUAUUGGUGGAGUCCUUUUUAUAUUUGUGAUAAUUACCCUGCUCCAAACCAGCUUCACUGAUCCUGGCAUCCUACCCAGAGCAACACCAGAUGAGGCUGCUGACACUGAAAAACACAUUGACGAUGCAGGAAACACAAGCUAUCAUCCUCCGCCGCGCACUCAGGAAGUCCUGAUUAACCAGCAGGUGGUCAAGCUCAAGUACUGCUUCACAUGUAGGAUGUUCCGGCCUCCACGCACCUCCCACUGCAGCUUGUGUGACAACUGUGUGGUUCUUCUCUGGUGCACUUCUCCUUCAGAGCGAUUCGACCAUCACUGCCCCUGGGUGGGCAACUGUGUCGGGAAACGCAACUACCGCUUCUUCUACACCUUUAUUGUGCUGCUCUCCUUCCUGACGGCGUUCAUCUUUGGAUGUGUGACCACACAUCUGGCACUGAGUAGGUCUUCAGGCUCCACACUAAGCCUAUAUUCUUAUAGAGAUGCUUUCAUUUGAAAACAGUAUUUUCAAACAUGUCACUUUCAGCUCUGUAACACUCAAAAACAGAUUUGUUCUUUCACACUCCCACUUGUGAUCUUUGUAUGCCGUUACAAACCAGCCAUGGUACACCGACUCUCUCUCUUGUCUUCUCAAUCCUUUGUAUUUCUCAUUCCCUGUCACUGUCACGAGAGUGCCAGCUGUUUUCCACGCCUCUAUUCAAUGAAGGCCCGUCCUCCUCUGCCUGUGAUUGGCUGACUAGUACAGGCAGGAUGUCCCUUUCACUGAGUAGCGUGUAGAAACGGUAGAAACCAUAGAAACACUGUGAGAAAAGAUCCAGGUGUGGGUCUGGACCCGGGCCGCUGCCAUAUUAUUCAAUUAUUGUUCAUUUGAGAAGAAACAUUUUCUUACAUAUUGUUGUUACACUACUGUUGUACAAUUAAUUUCUUGUUUCUGUACAAAUUAAAAUCAUAUUCCAGGUUAGUAACAUUUAAGGAAAAUAGUUUGUCCAUGUUUAUCUCUUAGUAUGAGACACAUCACAUUUACUCCAUUCAAUUCAAUUCAAUUUUAUUU